UCGGCGGGCCUGGAGCACGGCCGGGUCUAAUAUGCCCGGUGCCGAGGCGCGAUGAAGGAGAAGUCCAAGAAUGCGGCCAAGACCCGGAGGGAGAAGGAAAAUGGCGAGUUUUAUGAGCUGGCCAAGCUGCUCCCGCUGCCGUCGGCCAUCACCUCGCAGCUGGACAAGGCGUCCAUCAUCCGACUCACCACCAGCUACUUGAAGAUGCGGGCCGUCUUCCCCGAAGGUUUAGGAGAUGCGUGGGGACAGCCAAGCCGCGCCGGGCCCCUGGACAGCGUCGCCAAGGAGCUGGGAUCGCACUUGCUUCAGACUUUGGACGGAUUUGUUUUCGUGGUUGCAUCUGAUGGCAAAAUUAUGUAUAUAUCGGAAACAGCUUCCGUACAUUUAGGCUUGUCACAGGUGGAGCUCACGGGCAACAGUAUUUACGAGUACAUCCAUCCUUCUGACCAUGAUGAGAUGACAGCUGUCCUGGCGGCACAUCAGCCCCUCCACCAUCACCUGCUCCAAGAGUACGAGCUGGAGAGGUCAUUCUUCCUGCGAAUGAAGUGUGUCUUGGCGAAAAGAAACGCGGGCCUGACAUGCAGCGGAUACAAGGUCAUCCACUGCAGCGGCUACCUGAAGAUCAGGCAGUUUAUGCUGGACGUGUCCCUGUACGACUCGUGCUACCAGAUCGUGGGGCUGGUGGCCGUGGGCCAGUCGCUGCCACCCAGUGCCAUCACAGAGAUCAAGCUGCACAGUAACAUGUUCAUGUUCAGGGCCAGCCUCGACCUGAAGCUGAUCUUCCUGGAUUCCAGGGUGACCGAGCUGACCGGGUAUGAGCCUCAGGACCUGAUCGAGAAGACCCUCUACCAUCAAGUGCAUGGCUGUGACGUGUUCCACCUCCGCUAUGCGCACCACCUCCUGCUGGUGAAGGGCCAGGUCACCACCAAGUACUACCGGCUGCUGUCCAAGCUGGGCGGCUGGGUGUGGGUGCAGAGUUACGCCACCGUCGUGCACAACAGCCGCUCGUCCCGCCCGCACUGCAUCGUGAGUGUCAAUUAUGUCCUCACGGACAUUGAGUACAAGGAACUGCAGUUGUCCCUGGACCAGGUGUCCACGUCCAAGUCCCAGGACUCCUGGAGGACCGCCUUGUCUACCUCACAAGAAACUAGGAAAUUAGCUAAACCCAAAAAUACGAAGAUGAAGACAAAGCUGAGAACAAACCCUUACCCCCCACAGCAAUACAGCUCUUUCCAAAUGGACAAACUGGAAUGCAGCCAGCUGGGAAACUGGAGAGCCAGCCCCCCGGCGACCGCCCCCGCACCCCCAGAACAGCAGCUCCAUUCAGAAAGCAGCGACCUUCUGUACGCCCCGUCCUACAGCCUGCCUUUCUCCUACCGCUACGGACACUUCCCUCUGGACUCGCACGUCUUCAGCAGCAAAAAGCCAAUGUUGCCGGCCAAAUUCGGGCAGCCCCAAGGAUCCCCGUGUGAGGUGGCACGCUUUUUCCUGAGCACACUGCCAGCCAGCGGCGAAUGCCAGUGGCAUUAUGCCAACCCCCUAGUGCCUAGCAGCCAGUCUCCAGCUAAAAACCUCUCUGAGCCGCCGGUGAACGCUGCUCGGCACGGCCUGGUGCCAAACUACGAAGCGCCCGCCGCCGCCGCCGCGCGCAGGUUCGGCGAGGACACCGCGCCGCCGCCACCGCCGCCGCCGAGCUUCCCGAGCUGCGGCCACUACCGUGAGGAGCCCGCGCUGGGCCCGGCCAAGGCCGUCCGCCAGGCCGCCCGGGACGGGGCGCGCCUGGCUCUGGCCCGCGCGGCGCCCGAGUGCUGCGCGCCGCCCGCCCCGGAGCCCGCGGGCGCGCCUGCGCAGCUGCCCUUCGUGCUGCUCAACUACCACCGCGUGCUGGCCCGGCGCGGGCCGCUGGGGGGCGCUGCGCCCGGCGCGCCCGCCCUCGCCUGCGGCCCCGGCGCCCCCGAGGCGGCGGCCGGCGCGCUGCGGCCCCGGCCCCCCGGCCCCGCCGCCGCCUCGCCGCCCGGCGCGCCGCUGCCGCACUACCUGGGCGCCUCGGUCAUCAUCACCAACGGCAGGUGA